AUGGUUGAAGCAGAAGUGAAACACUGUCUCCCUUGUCAAGUGGGCACAAGAGAAAACACCAGAGCACCUCUGAAGAUGAGCAAAUGUCCCGAGCAGCCGUGGACUCAUGUGUCUGCGGACUUCUGUGGCUCACUGCCUCCGGGUGAAUAUUUGUUAGUGGUCGUUGACGAACACAGCCGUUACCCAGCUGUAGAGAUCACCCACAGCACAUCUGCCCGGUCGACGAUUCCCCACUUCGACAAGAUCUUUGCCUGCCAUGGCAUUCCCGAAGUGGUGAAGACGGACAAUGGCCCUCCUUUCAAUAGUAGCGAUUUCCGUGGGUUUGCUGGUUACCUUGGAUUCAAACACAGGAGGAUCAUGCCGGAGUGGCCAGCGGCUAACGGCGAGGCAGAGCGGUUCAUGAGGACACUGAAGAAGAAUCUGCAUACCUCCGAGUCUCAGAGGAAACCGUGGAAGCAGGAACUGUGGAAAUUCCUCAGACAGUACAGGGCUACACCCCAUUCGUCAACAAAAGUGGCACCCGCAGAAGCUCUAUUCCACAGGAAUAUCAGAACAGAGUUACCCAGCAUUCAGAGUUUCUCAAAAGAGGAUAUUCGCAAAAAUGUGCUGCUCAGUGACAAAAAUGCAAAGAACAGAAUGAAGAGAUAUGCGGACAAACGACGGAGAGCAUGCAAGUCGAAUAUCUGUGUAGGUGACACUGUCAUACUACAGGAUCCACAUCCGCGUAAGCUGGAUCCACCGUAUUACCCUAAGUUACACGAGGUAGUGAAACGUAAAGGUGAUAUGGUGACCGCUACGCAUGGCUCUAAACCGGUGACCAGAAAUAUAUCCAGGUUCAAGGCAGUGGAUGCCAGAUACCAGUCACAGGACAUGUCCUGUUCAGAAAGUGAUGGGGAUGUCAUUCCGAAUCCUACUGGAGAGAAUGAGGGGACACGUGUAGAAUCCGAUCAGAACAGCCAGACGGAGGAGAGACCGUUGGACAGUUCAUCCAAGGUGCAUCGGGCGAGGGAGCGCCACCGUCCAGCAUAUUUGAAGGACUAUGUGACAUAA